AUGUCUUAUCCCGAUCAGCGAACCGAUGACGAGUGGCGCGCCAUUCUGAAUCCCACGCAAUUCAGGAUUCUCAGAGAAAAGGGAACUGAAGCCCCUGGCACUGGAGAGUUUGACAAGCACUACCCCAAGGAGGGCGCCUACACUUGCGCCGCAUGCGACGCGCCGCUCUACAAGGCAACGCACAAGUUCAGCUCUGGCUGCGGCUGGCCGGCGUAUUUCGACAGCAUCCCCGGCGCCGUCACCCGGCACGAGGACCGAAGCUUCGGCUCCGUCAGAACCGAGAUUGUCUGCUCCAACUGCGGCGGCCACUUGGGUCAUGUUUUCAAGGGAGAGGGGUUCCCGACGCCCACGGAUGAGCGCCAUUGUGUGAACAGCAUCAGCCUGAAGUUUUCACCUGAGGACAAGGUGGUGGAGAAGAGCAGCGAUGAGACCAAGGCAUAA